CCAAACGGCAAGAUGGCGGACAGGCGGCGGCGACGGGCGUCUCAGGACACGGACGAGGAGGAUGAGGAAGUGCCCCGGUCGGAGGUGGAAGCCGCCCCGUCCGUCAGUUGCAUCUUGGACUUAUCCGGCGUCCAGGCUCGCGAGGCCGAGUCCGAGUGUGAGAGUGAAGAUGGCAUAGAAGGUGAUGCUGUUGUGCUUUCAGACUAUGAAAGCGCUGAAGAGAAUGGUUCUCAGAAAUCUGGGGAUGAAGAGGAAGGCGAAUAUAGUGACGAGGAAGUUCCAAAGGAGGAAGUAAAAACAGGCAAUGAAGGGAACGAAGAUGAAUCGUCCAAAGAAGGAAAACCUGAAGAGAAAGGAGAGAUUACUGGAGAAAGACAGAGUGGCGAUGGACAGGAAAGUACAGAACCUAUUGAAAAUAAAAUAGGUAAAAAGAACAGGCGGCAACUGGACGAUGAUGAGGAUAGAAAAAACCCUGCUUACAUCCCACGGAAAGGACUCUUCUUUGAACAUGAUCUCCGAGGACACACUGAACCUGAGGAAGUGAGACCCAAAGUCCGCCAGCGGAAGCUUUGGAAAGAUGAAGGGCGAUGGGUGCACGAUAAGUUCCAAGAAGAUGAGCAAGCACCUAAAUCUCGAGAUGAACUAAUUUCCCUGUACGGUUAUGACAUUCGAUCAGACAGAAACCCUGAUGAAAUAAGGCCGCGAAGGAUAAGAAAGCCAAGGUUUAGAAGUCCUCAAAAUCGAGACCCUGAUUGGAUGGAUGAACCACCACCAAGGCCUUACAUGCGGAAGCUUGGCAAUAGUGUCCCUUCUGCAAGAACUUUUAACCGAAAAAUGGGAGGCCCCGAGCGGAGAUCUCCAGCAAAGAGCUACUCCAAAAAUGCUGCUUAUAGUGAAGACCGUAAUAAUAUGAAACCAGCUGAAGUAAAUAGUUCAAAAAGUUAUCACUCUUCCGGAGAAUUAUCCACCAGUGAAAAUAAAAUGGAUGUGAAGAAUGUUGAGCAGAGUCAUUUGAGGGAGAGUGUGAUUGUGACAGACAACAUACAGCCAGUGAAGAACAAUGGUGUGGCAAGAGAGGAUGCCCCCAUACAAAAUCAGUCUCUCCCUGCUGAGACUGUGCCCCAGGUACAGGAAAAGAUGAUAGAAAAGAAAUCCUAUUCUCGUAUUCGUAGGACCAGGAACAAGGUCACUGAAGUAGGAAAGCCACAGGCAAUGGAGGACAGUUCUGUACCAGGUUUGGCUGCUCCAGCUCAGCAGAUCCCUGUUCAAUCUGUCCCUCCUCCAGUACCAAAGACAGGCUCCUGGGAGACUCCACCUGUAGACCCCACUAUGACUGGGCUAGAGCAUGAGAUGACCCAGAUUAAUUUAUCAGGGAAAAACUGGACGGCGAGCAGUCAACCACAGUAUGUACAACCACGAGAACUCCGCGGAAUUCCCAAUUCAUUACAUAUUGGUGCUGCUCCUGCCCAGUAUAACCGGGUGGAAGAAAUGGGUAGCCAAGGAAGACGGGCAAAGCGCUACUCAUCUCAACGGCAGCGGCCAGUACCUGAAGCACCUCCACUACCACCACCACCACCACCUCCUCCUCCUCCUCCUCCUCCACCAGCACCUGCACCUGCACCAGCCCUGGGACCGGCACCAGCUCCAGCCCCUGGACCUAUGCACAUCGGCCUCAUGGAAGGACACUAUUACGAUCCACUACAAUUUCAAGGACCAAUAUAUACCCACAAUGAAAGUCCAACUACUCUACCACCCCAAGGCAUGAUUGUCCAGCCCGAUAUGCACCUCCCUCAUCCAGUUCCAGGUUUUAAUCACCAUCAGUCUCCUGGCCACCUAACCAACCCCGGCCUCUAUGCUCCUCAAGUCCAAAUGCCAGCUGGACAACCACCUCCACCUCAGGUGCUGCCCCCUCCCUUCUUCACACCAGGAAUGAUGAACUAUGGAAACCCCAGUUAUCCAUACACAACUGGGGGCCUCCCACCUCAUAUUUAUCCAACCACUCAGGCCCAGUCUCAGGUCUUUGGUGGAGUCACGUACUACAACACUGUACAGCAGCAGGCCCUGCCUAAACCAUCACCUCCACGGCGACAAUCGCAGCCUGUUACUGUUAAACCACCGCCACCUGAGGUACUUGAUACAUCCGUCAUCUGGUUUCCAUGCAGCUUAGGACAGCCGAAGUGAAAAGCUGAAAGAAAGGAAUGAAGCUUAGAGACGGGAGAAGUCUUUCUCUAUGAAUUUAAACGGAAAAGAAUCCACGUAGAAGUGGACAGAACUUUUACUGAUAAUCAGAGUCCUCUGCUCGUGGUGUUGGGCAGCCUGCUGGCUUGGCAGUGUUGCUGGCGUUGCUAAUGUUCACGGCCGUCAUUUAACUCUGGCUGCAGGAUUUGUCGGUCCUUGACAAAGCAGGGCAUUGAGCACAUUUGACUUCUUGGGUGCUUUUCUUGCACCUGUUCAUGAGCUUUGUUCCUUGGGCUGCUUUCCGUUAACGGUGUGAAUGGUAACAUUGCAGUAAACCAGCAAUCAAUUCCACCAGGGUCUGAUUUUGAAUACGAGUCCUUUGUGAUCAAGUGUGACUUAGUAGUUCCAAAUAAGUACAGCAAUAAUCUCCUAACCACUGAACCUUGAUGUUGAUUAACAUUGACUGAUUUGUGGGUCAGUCUGCUCUGGCCUUGACUUUCUGCAUCAAAUGAUACACAUUUAUAAAUAUAUGAUCCAAAAAUUUCUUCAGCUUGGUGUAUGGUCAAACAGUUAACUGAUUUUGUCUUUAACAGGGAGAGAGGAAAGAUGUAGCCAUAAACAGUGUACAUACAGUUUAGAUUUCAAUCUGGCUUUUAAGGUGCUCCUGUGUGUAGAGUAUUAGUUCAGAGAAACAAUUUCUCUCUCGUUUUGCUUAAUCUUGCUCUUUCUUGAAUAUUGAAUUUCUCCUCAACGUCCCUUCACCCAAGUCAGGUGCCGAGGCCACCCAGCCACCAUUCUACAAGUGUACUUCAAUCAGUCGUCCUUUUUUAAAAAAUAAAUUGGUAAUCAAAAACCUGUUUUCUCCAUGUAAAUUAGCUUUUCUUUUGCGUUGUAUUAACUUUUGAAAGAAAAAGCAUGCUUUUUCGUGCAGGAGAAUGAGGUGAGUACAAGCUGGUGAAACGCAGUUGGCUUAUGCUAUUUCAAAUCAGAUUGUGUUUCAGUUUGUUAAUACCAUCUGCCACUACUGAGGGAAGGAUGAUUUUUUUUAUCCCAAUUGUAAUUACAAUACCAACCUGAAAUCUUGAUCUGUUAUAUAAAUAAUGCAUUCUGCAUUUGCUAUACAGGAUAGAGCUGACAUUACCAUCUCAUGUGCAUCAACUCAUCUAUGUAAUGCAUUCAUGCUGUAUAAGAGCACUUUACUUGGGGACAUUCUUGACUUGUUGGUUUGUGGCAAUGUGACCAUUGAUACAGUAAAUAGAAACAUGAGCAGAGUAGCAUUGCAGAGAAAGGCAAGCCAGGUCCAUGUGUUGAACGUUUCAUUGGCCAACGAUUUUUCAACCUGCUUUUUAGGUCAAGACUGUGAAAAUUAUUGAUGUAAGUUUAAUGAACGAUAGGGGAUUAUGAGUAGUGAAUUGUAGUGUUAAAUUAUCCAUUCUGCUACAUGCCAUUGCUUCCCAGGAGGCUGCAGAGGCUAAACAUUGAUAUUGUAUCACCACAUUUACCAGGCCACAGGCCUGUAUGUUUCUUUGUUGUUUACAGACCUGAACAUUGAUGCUGUUAACCUGGAUUAAUGUGUCCGCUACCCCUGUGGUCUGUCUAGCCUGUACCUGUUAGGCUGCUUUAGACAGGUUGUUUAUAUGUUAAAUGCUGACUAAUAAGUGUGUAAUUAUUCCUUCAUAACAGACAUUUUCUAGUUUGAAAGAAAUAUGUCAAGUAUUGCAGAGUGUAAACACUUCCCAAAAUGUUGCAUUUAAAUGUAAUAAAAUUGUUUCUUUUCCUUUUUAUUUUGCCGAUUGAAAUGUAUUUGUCAAUUUCACAUAUCAGUUGUGUGACUAAUCUAGACCCCAGAACACUGUGAUGGCUAGUUUUUAAUCUUCUUAGAAAUGGAGAUUUGUAAUCAAUAUUUUUGUUGCCAUUUGGUGGACACGGUUUAAUAAAGUGUGAAAAAAAAUAAAA